CAGAAUUACGGGAAAUGCAGUUACUUGAAACACCUAUAUUGGCGAGUUACAUUUUAUCAAUGUCCGACUAGUACUUGAAAACCAAUUCACAGAAGGAAUGUCAAUGCGGAAAAAGCCCUUUAGUUUACAGACUUAUCGUAGAACGAAGCCGAGACCUGGCGUAGUGACGCAACAGUGUAUGAAUCACCUUCGACUUCGUGCGACAGCAGUAGCGACCGAGCUGCAGCGGAGCACACAUAGUGGCAGUGUAGAGAAGCGCGCGCCCUCUCUUUCUGUCGCAGGGAAGCCAAUCUUACGGUCGCUUACGGUGGCGCAACUGGUUGGGAAACAGAACACAUCGUUGAGAGCACUUAACCUAUAGCGUAUCAGGUAAAUACAUUGCAUGAUUGUUAACCUAAUGAUGUAGGUUAUGUCAGUGUCGUUUGACAUAGUAAGUAAUCGAGAACUGACGGUUUAUUCUGUUUUACGGUCGUAGGUAACAAAACAAAAGCUGCGUGGAAAGCGUGUUUUGAGAUUACUGUUUGUUGAUGUCAACUAACUUCAGGGAGAGUAUCGAGGCGUCUGUUCAAAAUGUUCAACAUGAAGAUCUAUCAGCAAGCGUGGCUUUGAAGAGAGAAUCCGAGGAGGGCGGGCUAAGUCCGCCUCGACGAAAAAAAUUACGGGAAUCAAACACAACAAUGCACGGAAUUGGAAAUGGCGACAUGCAACAUACUGAUGUAUCUGAAGUCGCCGAGGCCUCCAGCGGUAAAAAGAUCGCCGGUGACCUUCAAGAAGAUUCUUCCGAAGACACCCCUAAGGUAAAAGACAAGCAAGACCAAGAUAUUAUACGACUGAUAGGUCAUUAUUUAAGAGCUAUUGGGCUUGAUCGCAGUGCUGAGCUGUUAACUCAAGAAUCAGGAUGCUCUUUGGAUCACCCAGCAGCUCUUAGAUUUUGUGAACAUAUAAUGCAAGGAAGCUGGGGCGAAGUGGAUAAGGAUUUAUUAGAUAUAAAAGGUCUGCUUGACGGAGCUUCAGAAACUUGGAGUAAAGUGAAGUUUAUGGUAUGUGAGCAGAAGUUUUUGGAAUUCUUGGACGACGGAAGAGUCAUGGCUGCCGUGAAUGUACUACGCGAAGAGUUGACGCCUCUCCAAUAUAACACGAGUCGUGUUCACACAUUAAGUACAUUCAUGAUAUGUGAGAGCUGGGAAUUGCGAAGUCGUGCAAUGUGGGAUGGUAAAGGCGAAAAAACUAGAGCUCAACUGAUAGAGAAAGUGCGGGAAUGCCUGCCACCAACUAUUAUGCUUCCUCCUGGAAGAUUGUUGACACUAUUAAAUCAGGCUGUAGAACACCAAAAAAGUGAAUGUUUGUUUCACAAUACAUCACUGGACGGAUUGAAUCAUGUCUCCCUCCUUGUAGAUCAUCGCUGCACGGCCGAACAGCUUCCAUGCGAAACAAAUCAGUUAAUUCAUGAUCACUCCGAUGAGGUGUGGUUUUGUAAGUUUUCUCCAAAUGGGCUGAAGCUGGCUACUGCCUCCAAAGAUUCAACAGUAAUAAUUUGGGACGUCCAUGUAUUAACACUAACCUGCACUCGUUCAGUAGUUUUGGACGAUCAUCCCUUUGGGAUCGCGUACAUUGCAUGGAGUCCAGAUAGCAAUUCCAUUAUCGCAUGCGGUCGUGAAGGAUGUUCAGAAGCUUGGAUAUGGAAAUUACAAGGGGAAGAGCCCACAGGACACGUUUUCCAAGCUCCAGAAGAUUCGUUAACUGCUUGUGCAUGGUACGGAAACGGCGAGAGUUUUGUGGUUGGAGGUUCUCGAGGUCAUUGUUAUCAUUGCGAUUCGGAAGGGCGUGUAUUGGAUAGUCGAGAGGGAGUCAGGGUCACCUGUUUGUGGUGUCAGAAGGAUGGUACCACAAUGUUAGCCGCUGACACCCAUCAUCGCCUACGAAGUUUUUCGUUCGACGACACACCAGAUAACCUCAUUUUGACAGAAGACUAUCCCAUCAUGGCUUUCACGGUAAACUCAAAUGAUCGUUUAGCACUACUGAAUAUUGCUAAUCAAGGAAUUAACCUAUGGGAUUUGAAGGAUCACAUUUUAAUUCGCAAAUUUCAAGGUGCUUUACAAGGUUUGUUUACUAUCAAUAGUUGUUUUGGAGGAGUAAAUGAAGAUUUUAUUGCAAGUGGCAGUGAAGAUGGAAGAGUUUGCAUAUGGAACAUCAAAAAAGAGGUCCCUCUUGUUUCAUUAACAGGUCAUACAGGAACUGUGAAUUGUGUCAGUUGGAAUCCUGUGUUUCACCAAAUGUUGGCUUCUGCAUCAGAUGAUCGAACUGUGAGAAUAUGGACUCCAGCUUGCGUUUCUAGCAAUUUGUCCCAAGAACCUGAAAAAAACUGUAGCAGCUCUUCUGUGGAGGCUACAGAAUCGCAGCAAUUGUUGACACAUGUAUUGGGUGACAGAACUGUCAGAGUUCUAGGAUCUUCCAACAUGCAGUGCAUAGUUCCGCAGGGAUCUGAAACUAGUCGCAAUAGUCCUCCUGGGGAAAAUUCUUCUUCACUUCAACCAAUGGAUAUAAGUGUUCCGAACCUUGAUUUUGUUCCAGUAAUGGCUUCUUAA